CUAAGCACACGCCAUGCGAGUCUAGAGGCAAGCAUUCGCCUUUUCACAAAUGCAAUCGUCGUGAGUCGUGGUGAAAGAGCGUGGUAUCGAGCUGCGGCACGAAACGCGCGCUGCCGACGAAUGAAAGGCUUCAUGGACCUCCAUGGUCUGGCUGCGAUAGGCACCAGGCGUCGCAGGUCACAGGGUCGGAAUGAAUGCAGCUUGUUUGUUUGGACGAGAGGACGUCUGCCUGUUGCUAAUGCAUGGAUUUUAGGUAGUCAAGUAGCGGAGGCAUCAAUAAAUCAAUCCCCGAGUCGCUUCGUUGUCGACAGAAGGGCAAACGCGACUAAACCCGCUUGGGCACGCGUCGCGGGCGGCUGCUGCUUGCUGCGGCUGCAAGUCGAGGGUAUUUGGCCAAGCCUUUCACAUCAAUUGCGGCUCCAACAUCAACACCACCACCCAGACGAUCAACCCGUUCAACCUCAUUCCAACCGGUCACUUAGAUUAGCCCGUUGUAUAAGCGGAGUCACUGCAGCUAUGGCGUUGGAAAACCUUCUCCCCCUCGAACUCAUCGACAAAUGUGUGGGCUCGAAAAUCUGGGUCAUCAUGAAUGGCGGCAAAGAAUUCGUUGGCAAACUCAUCGGUUUCGAUGACUACGUUAACAUGGUCCUUGAAGAUGUCACCGAAAUCGAUGCUAUGGAGGGCAAAUCCCAGCUACCCAAGAUUCUUUUGAAUGGCAACAACAUCUGCAUGAUGGUGCCGGGAGGAGACGGGGAGAUCGUCAUGGAUGAGGAGUAG